GGCGGACUUAAACGGGAGCAAAGGAAGUGGCUUGCCUUUCAAGCGGAUAAUGGCUCGGGUGUUGGUGGGGACGGUUUGCAUGUUGCUAGAGUCGUACUUAGCCCGAAAAAAUAUAACUUUCUCCUAUUUCGUACAAUAUUAGAGGAAACUCGUCGAUUUUUAUGCUUUAGAGUGCCUGUGACGUUCUGGGAAGCCUAAUAUACGAGUCUGGAAAGCCAUUGUAGGAACGUGGGGGUUUUGUGGGGGCGGGGGAGCUAAAACUAAAUCAAAUAUCGGCUGACUGGCUUUGGAUUCUCCUCUGAAUAUUCGCUUCUCUGUUAGCUCCUUCGGUUUUUCCUGCUCGUAUAUGGUCUGUGAAAAUGUUCCGUUUUAUACAACAGUGUGGUUUCCAAAUUCCUUCCAAGAUAAUUCAUCUUCAAAGGUUUCUGCAGCCUAGGAAUAGCUCUUGUAGCUUUCCUCUUGAAUACCGUCGGAGUUUCCUGUCAAAAUUACAGUUAUCUAAAAGGGCAUCUUUGUGUACAACUAAAAUCCUGGGAUUUCAUUCAUCUGCUUGCAGCUGGGAGAAAAAAAGGCCUUCAGAAUCUACAUCUGAUAAGCAGGAUGCUCCACUAUUUGACUUGGCAUCACUCAAGGACUCUCCAAAGCCUGCCAUUUAUGUAGCUGCUUCAGUAUUAUUUCCAUUUGUUUCAGUGCCAUUAGUAAUGGCUAUCCAAAAAGCCUCUUACCCUGAGUUGGCAUUUGCUGAAAUUGCAUAUGCUGCCUGUAUAUUGUCUUUCCUAGGAGGGAUCAGGUGGGGAUUUACUCUUCUAGAAGGAAGUCCUGCAAAACCUGACUGGCUUAAUUUGGGUAACAGUAUAGUUCCUUCCUUAAUAGCCUGGAUUACCUUGCUUUGUAAAGAUCUCACUUCAGCUGGAAUCAUGGUUAUCAUAGGUUUAAUGAUAGCCCUGAAUAAUGACUUGGUCCUUCUUCCCACCUAUCCCAACUGGUUUAAAGCCUUGUUAGUAAUUUUAACUAUAGUGGCUGCGUUUGCUACCUGUGUCACAUUAAUUUAUGUGAAUUUCUUUCCUGAACGAUAUCUAAGUUUUAAAUUAGGGGAAACAGAAGAUUCUAAGUAAACACACACAGAAUGACAAGCCUUAUGGGAGAAACAAUACAGAAUGGAAAUAAUAUUCACAAUGCAUGAAAUGAACUUGGAAAAUGAUUGGAACAGAAAACAAUAAAUGAAUUAUCUAAUUCAUUAAAUUUACAACAUUAGCCAUAGAGAAGCAAAUUAGAAAGGAGGGUAGGUGCUGAACACUGAUAGAUGAUUUUUAGAUUACCUGGUUUUAAUUGUGUGGCUUUAGUGGAAUUUAGUUUCUCUUAAUUUUUUUCAUCAAAUUUGGUACAAAUAUUAACCAAUUCACAGCAUUAUUCUUGGAAAUUAAUUCUGGGUAGGUCAGCAUCAUGGUUAUGUGAAGCAUGUAGACCAAUGCUUCACUUUAAACCUGGCAGCACAUCCUCUUGAAGUCUCAGCGCAGUGGUUUUAAUGGUUUUCCCAUUCUGUCUGAACAUAUGUGUGUACAUGCAUGCAAUGAAUACUUCUACUGGGAUUGGUGUUAAAGUUUUAUUACUAACAAAUAGUAAUGAAAGCAGUAAGAUAGUUUUGAGGAAUUUGGAUAACAAACAAUUGUUUCAAUGAUUUGAAAGAAUAAUUCUGGGCCAAAGAUAUUUGGGUAAUAUGUUCUAAAUAUUAUCUCUACUAUAGAUCUACUGCUACCAACUUCUUGUGCUAAAUGUUGGAUUGCUAUUUGCUGAAUUAACAAAAAAAAAACCAGUAUAAACAAUUCCUUUUAUUAUAAAAAAUAUUGUGAGAAAGAUUUAAGAUUACACUUGAGGUUUAAGAGAAACAUCAAUUUAACUCUUAUGCUAGUCUGUCACUGUAAUAAAGUAUUCUUUCCCUUUCAAAAUUUUCACUACAUUUUUUUUUUACUUCUUUAGUUGUCUAGUGCUGAGUUUCCAUAAUGGCAUAAGGUAUAGUGGACACAUUUGUUAUAUUUGGCUGGAAAAUAACUAGAAUUUCCAUUGUACUGGACUUGUAAUAGGGCAAAUGUUAUUUAAGAUGGAUAAGUGUAUCAUGAAAUUAAAUUCUACUUUCUUAUAAUCAAGUAACAAGUUUUUGAAAAAAGUAUCAUUUUGUUAAGAAAAAAAAUCUGUUUUGAGCAGACUUCUGAAGUCUCAAGUUCUAUUAAGAAUCAGGCCAAAUAGAGGCAAGAGUUAAAUAUAAAGCCUUUCCAAUAAUUUAUUCUAAAUUGUAGAGCAAAGUUCAUGAUGGGUGGAAGGAGAGGAAGAAUAUGUUACUAAAAUUGGUUACAACCCACUAUUAUCUCCUGCAUAUAUCCACAUUCGCUGCAGUGUUAGGGCCAGUGUCAACCUUGUUUUCCAUCAGUCGGCAUAAAUAUUGAUGUAUAUUUUGUGAACAGUAUGGAUUCUCUGCUGGUCUGAAUGGCAGACAGUGUUUCAGUUAAAACCUCUCAGGUAGAGGCUUUGGAAUGCAUGUUUGGGAGAUUCCCUCCGCUCCUGGCUCUUAAAUACAGAAAAGGUAUUGCACAUUCAGAAGACAAAGGGAAAGAUACAGAGCAAAGAAUUUUGGCACCUGAGACAGAAAAACAGGUGGACUGUAGCAUCUUCCCAACAACUCUGAUACAUGGCAGAAUUAACACAAGCUGAAGGAGUGCCAAGAUCAUAAAGGCAGAGGACUUUGCUUCUGGAUUCUAUUCUAAGGAAUAGAUAACUACUCUAGUUAGACAUUGCAUUAUUUUAAUUUCUAUUUGAAAUUAUAUUCCUAUUUGAAAUUAUAUUCCUAUUUCUAUAAAGCAUUUUGUGUAAUUUUUGGCUAGAAAUUAUCUAUUUUUCAGAUAUCUUUCUUUUGAGAUAACUUGUUAUAGCUGGCCAGCACCAUCUUGUGGUCUGCUGAGAAUGUUAACAUGUUUUCUUAAAAAUAGAACUUCCUGUAUCUUUUGAGUUGUAUUUCUCAAAAUAAAGUUUGA